UGCAAUCGUUACAUGGACAGCAUGGCUACAAUAUCUACCGAAAGAGCAAGACAUACCGUAUUUAAAUAUUGGUGGAUAAUACAUCCGUUCAGUUAUGGCAGAUUUUUGUGGGAUACAUUUAUGAUGAUAAUAUAUCUGAUUGCAUUCUUUACGAUUCCUUUUAUGAUUUGCUUCGUCAUAAUGGACUACGAAUCAAUUAAUCUAGACAAAGUAAACAUUCCAAUUUAUGCGAUAUGUUGGUUGGAUAUAACGUUCAAUUGUAUUACGGGAUACUAUAAUAAGAAAAAUAUGUCUGUCGAGUUGAAACCUACUAAAAUAUUUAUAUCCUACCUGAAAGGAUUUCUCGUGCUGGAUGUGCUAUCGUCUCUUCCAUAUGAUCAUGUGACACUACCUUGGCGACGACUUCCGGGAAAUAAUUCCCAUUAUGUUGUUAUCUUACUUAAUAUAGCGCCUGCUAUAAAGUUAACACGCUACUAUACCUUUCACUCAAAUAUUCAUUAUCUAUUUACGCAUUUGGAAAUAGAAAAUUCUUAUCUUGAAAUGUUUACUACGCUAUUGCUGGGAUUAUACCUAAUCUUCUGGUUUUCUUGCCUGUGUUACUUGAUACCAAUCUUAGUGAUGUACCUUGUCAACAUUCCACCGAUAGAAUGCGAGGAAUGUUGGAUGAUGAGAUUGGAGGACAGCAGUCUUAGAUACAGGUUACAAAACGCUGUAUUUAUCGUGCUGGAAAAUAUAUUGGGAAGUGGCUAUGGUCUAUACAUACCCGAGAAAAACGUUUAUAUCAUUUUUAAUAGUUUUCUUAUGAUUAUCGGCAGAUUCAUUGUGUGCUAUAUGUUGGUUAUGUGCUUUCGUGUCAAGGCUGAAAAAAAAGCAUCCGAAUCGAAGUUUCAAGAGCUAAUAGAUCAAGUAAAAGCGUAUACGAGACAAAGGCAAUUAUUGCCACAUAUGAAGAAACGUCUCUUAGCUUAUUACCAUUACCGUUUCAAAAAUACUUACUUUCGCGGUAAACGGAUUUUAUCAGAAUUGACAGAACCGUUACGUGAAGAGAUUGCGCUUCAGUCCUGCCGACGAUUAAUCGAAAACGUAGCAAUCUUCAAAAAUUUACCAAAAAACGUUCUGCAGUCAAUAGUGAAGAACUUGAAGUUUGAAUUGUUCCUACCGAAUGAGGUAAUCAUCAAAGCUGGCACUCAAGGUGAUUCCAUGUUCUUCUUGUCGUCCGGAACCGUCGCGGUUCUGACGCCGACUGGGAAAGAAAUGUGUCACUUGAGCGACGGUGCCUAUUUCGGCGAGAUCGCGCUCUUGGUGGCGGAUCAGCGAAGGGUUGCCAGCGUCAUUGCGAUUGAAGUCUGCGAAGUAUAUCGACUCGAUCGCAAGGAUUUCCGUCAUUGCAUAGACGUGCAUAGCGAGCUGUUCGCGGAAAUCGAACGCAUCGCCACGGAACGCGUGGAGAAAACCGUCCGCGUCGAGGAACAGCACAAGCGUUUCUUGAUGCGUCCAAGUCGCGUACCGCCGAAUCUACGCAGUAGGCCAACGAAAACUAGAGUUUGAGUGUACACGUCAAUUGUCGUUCGUUUAAUUUUUUGCGUGAAUUUCCUUUUAUUUCCGAGAAAUUGAAAGAAGCAUUGCAAAUCAAUAAUUUUUCAUGUUGCAUAAUUGUUCGUAAUUAAAAUAAUGUUGUUUCGAAAAAAGUGCCUUCAUCAAUUUAAUAAUUAUAUAGAAAUAAAGUUGGCCUCUUAUAAAGCACUUGGUUUUUUGUCACCGCAAAAUAAUAAUCAUGCUAAUUGUGUAAUCAUAUAUUUAAGGACCUUAUAUAUUAUUAUUGUCCAUACAAUAACCGUACAGUGUGGUGGUGGUGGUGUGGUAUUCUCAUAUAUUUAUAUAUAUCUACUUUUAUAUUUUAAAAUUAUAUAUAUAUAUAUUAUUAUUAAUCGUUAUAUAUACCUAUAUAUAAGGUACUUAUAGUUACAAUUACAUCUCCGCUAAAGACUUUACGGUAGCAGUGUCGUGACGAACUAUACUUCUAUUGAUAUUAUGUAUGAGGGAUAUGAAUCAUGGUUCUUUUUCUCUCUUUCUCUAUCUUUUUUUGGCAAGUUUCUUUUACAAGGAAGUCAGAGUUUCGUGUCAAGACCCGUAGUAUCGAUCGUGAUGAAACGUCGCCGAUUUAUCAGCGUCAAGGUAGGAGAAUCGAAAGCUCUGUGACACGCUUCGUUAAUACAAGGAAGACAGCGGAUCAUUAUCGAUAUAACCGACGUCGUUACGCGCGAGGUAAGUUCCAACGAGUCCACGAGAUUUGCGAUCUCGAUUAAUCAGCUUCACGAUCUAAUCAUAAUCUGCGAGACGUACCACGGUUAUAUACCUACGGACAUCGGUGGUCACAAGAUAUUGCCGACCUGUUCUGGGAUAUGUGUUUGGAUUAACGACGUGCGACGAUGUAAAUUAACGGUGAACGAUUAUAUGAAUAUCUACGCGACAGUCCGGUUCGGAGACUGUGACACAUCAAAAUCGCACGAUAUAAAUAAUCGUUUACAGUCGACAUACGUGCCUGUAGAAUGUGCAUGCAAUUUUCAAUCUUCCAUUCCGUUCUCGCUUUUUUCCCGAGACGGUUUCUCAUCCGCAACCAGUUUCGAAAUUUUCUCUGCGGAAAUAGCUGAUCACACAACGUCGAUUGCCUACAUACUAGAUCGUCAAUUAAUCGGGUCACUACUCUACGUAUGGUACUUGUCGCUAUAACGAUUUUAACAUGUCUCUUGAUAAUGUCUAAAGGAGCACGGAGGAGAAGAGUACUUAAUAUUUUCGUCGAUACUCUAUUUCUGUAUCCCGCGGUUGAAAUCCCGAGUGACACCGCGUUUUCCGGAUAAAUCUAUAAUCUAAUAAUUUAGAUAUAUACGAGAUGAUAUACAUGCGCCGCGCAUUUCGGAAAUAAGUAUGCGGGUACACAAUACACAUGACGGCUAUUUACACUAACGAGACGUCGUGUAUAUUCAGCACUCUUUCUCCAAUCCUUUCGAAGGUCAUCUAAUAAGGCACUGCGUUUUACUGCGACUGAAUCGGUACAAGUACGAAACAAUCAAGAGAGUCGUCCUAGAGGCGCGCGACACGUCGAUUUCGUCUUAUGACUUACACUUACGGUGUGUGUGUGUGUGUAUGUAUUUGUGUGUGUAUAAAUGCGGUUUGGUACCUUUUAUCUCUUUCCGUUUUCCCGUUCUUCUAAUCGUCGAUUGGUAUCCCUACGAUCUAUCCAAUACAUCAUGAAUGACGAUGUAUCUAGCGAAAUAGCAAAUGUAAUAUAUAAUUAAUAGUUACGAUUAAAAUGCUUCGUCAGGAACAAACGUUAAAUGCAAUAGAUUUACGCGCGAAAGGUAUAACUGAUUGUUAGAUACGGUGAAAAAUCGACUGUACAUACAUACGUCUUACGAUAAGCGAAAGAUAUAACGCGACGCACAAUUCGAGAAUAUUGCAAGUCGGGCACAAAGUCACGCCGCUCGCGCAAAUAGAAUUACAUGUCUGUGUGUUUGAGUAUUCAUAUUUAAAUAUUAUGCUUUUUUUGUCAAAUUCUCAAGAUGGAAUUUAUUCAUUAUCUUAAUUGCGUUAGAGAUUACUGUCGAUUAUCUAUGAAAAGUGAGAAGUUUACGAUCCGUUCUUCUCUUUUCCUGAAGAAAGAAUGACGUAAUUUAUUCGGCGGCGACGCGCGUUAUGGCAAUAUAUGUAUAAUUCGAGUAUAAGAAACAAGUAAUAACAAUAUCAUAGAAUAUAAAUGGCAUAUUGAGAAUAUAAUAAACUAUUUAUAUUGUACAACGUAACGUGCGUAAUAUGCUUAAUACAAGUAGGUACAGAUUCCUUUUUUAAUCACGCAGCACAGUGUGUCCAAUGAGGGGGACAGGAACCCCGCUUGAUUUAUUGUUAGACAAUAUUCUACGCGAGAGAACUUUAUUUCGUACAUGUGUAUAUAUCGUUUCGUUUUCAUUACGUCGUACACGCAUCAUUGACUGACACCAUGAUGCAUGAGAAAAAAAAUGGCCACGCUAUAUCGUCAUAUCGAUCGAGACUCUUCAGAUCGUGUUUUCGGGCAGGAAUUAUCGAAUCUUUGACAAGCCGGUUUCACAAAAGGAGUUUGCGCGAUCACGUUACCACAGGAAGGAAUACAAAUAUUUUAUAAAUUACUAUAACUAUAUUUUUCGCGGUUAAAAUUUUGAAGACUGCAAUUAUUAUAGCGAUGCACAUAAGAUAUGUUUAAAGGAAUAUCAAUCAGAAAUAUUUCCCAUAGACUCGACAACACGAUCUACGCGCUUAAUCAGCCGACAUUGUUUACAAUCAGUUAUCGCGGGAUGUCGUCUGAGAGAUCGCGCGGUCGCGACGUUUCCACUGGUCUCUUAAGAACAAGUUGAUUAACCCGCCUAAUAUGACUCCGUCGGACUAGGAUUCAGCAUCAGAUCGUAUAUACAUGGAUAGAGAGGCGUGAGAUCGCGCAAGUCGCAUACGUUUAGAGAUGGAUAUACCGUAUAUAUAUAUUAUAUCUAUGUAUAAACGCUCUAAGGCUUUGGCAGUGAGUUAACAAGUCGAUUAUUCGGCACGUCCGAUAGGGGCAGGUGGAUGCGCGCAUGAUUCCCUCCUCUCCGUUCCCUUCUCUGUCGCGUAUCCCGCCGGCCACGAUCCAAGAUCGAUAUGUGCUAUCACGUGUGAGUCGGAAAUACCGAAGAGUCGAUUUGGUAUCUUAG